UCGAACUCCCGCGGCGGCGCCUCUCUCUCUCUCUCUCUCUCUCUCUCUCUUUCUCCGAUUCAAUGGCGACUACUCGAGACCUCUCGGCGAUCGACAUGGCGAGAGAAGCCGCGGCACCAGGGCGCACCGCGGGGAAGGCCUCCGCGCCGUCGGGACACCACCACGCGGGCGCUCGCGGCGGCGGCGGCGACCUGUGGUCGGAGAUCAUGGCCAGCGGCGGAGGCGGAGGCGCGGCCCGCAUCGGCGUGGUGUACGGGCGGCGGCGGGCGGCGCAGGAGGCGUCGAGGCCGAGGGGCGCCGUCGAUGUGAGAGGCGUUGCGGCCGGCGAGAAGAGGGCGAGCUUUGAGCCGAGCAAGAGGACCAGCUGGAACCGGUCGCUCUCCAUCAGAGGACGGGAAAGUAUCCUUUUUGCUCCUGGAACAAAAAUUCAACCUCAGCAGAAUCCUUGCAGAGCACAGAAAAGGCCACCAAAGCCGGGUAACCGAGUGAAAAGAACUUUUGGGGGGCCUCCUGACUUGAAGAAAGAAAAGGCUUAUUUUGAAGAAGUUGAUGCUUUUGAACUGAUGGAGGAGAGCCCUUCACCUAAGAACUUUGGCACUUGGGCGAGAGGAAUGGAGCAGAAUUACAUUGUGCAUGAUCUAUCUGCAAUACUGGAGAGAUGGAAAAUCUCCAAGCUUGCGAAAUUUGCAGCAUCCAGGCCCUUGUUUGAUAUCAUGGAGACCCCAGUUGUACCAUCAGUCCGUAGUGAUUGCAGUCUUCACGACAGUUGUAGAACCCCUGAAAAGGAUAGGGGGUCUAGAACAAAUCCUAUGAGAAGAACAAUCCCUUCAGGGCUCAGUGACAAAACCAGCAUUUUUACAUCCUUUAGUGAGCUUAAGAUUAAGGAAGAACCUGAUGAUAGCAGCAUUCCAUCAUUGAGUGCUGAAGCUAUGACUGCCUUUGCUCAACUCCUUUUGGUUUGCAAUCAAUCUGCACCUAUAACCCUAGCUGAAGCGUUUUCCACUUACUGUACACCAGGCAGCAUUGUGAAGCUUGGUGAAGGAACAUUCGGUGAGGCCUUCAGGGCUGGUAGUACUGUCUGUAAAGUGGUUCCCUUUGAUGGAACAUCACUAGUUAAUGGAGAGACCCAAAAGAAAGCAGAAGAAGUUCUUGAGGAAGUUUUGCUUUGUCUAACACUAAAUAAUCUAAGAGCAGACCGGGGUGAUAAUGUGAAAGAAAAUUCAUGCCAUGGUUUCAUUGAGACAAAAGAUUUUUGGGUUUGUCAAGGUCCAUAUGACCCUUCACUUAUUUGUGCUUGGGAAGAUUGGGAUGCCAAAUGUUGUUCUGAGAAUGAUCAUCCAAAUGAUUUUUCGAAUGAACAAUGCUAUAUUGUCUUUGUGCAAGCUGAUGGUGGGAGAGACCUUGAAAAAUUUGCUUUGCUUGACUACAAUGAGGCUUGCAGUUUAUUGGUUCAAGUCACUGCUGCUUUAGCUGUUGCUGAAAGCGCGUGCGAAUUUGAACAUCGAGAUUUGCAUUGGGGUAACAUUCUAUUGGAUCGAGAUGAAACACAAGACAAGAAUCAUACAAUGGGUUUCACUCUUCAAGGGAAAAACAUGUGUACUAGAACUUUUGGUUUGAACGUCUCAAUAAUUGAUUUUACGCUUUCUCGGAUCAAUACAGGUGAUGCUAUCCUCUUUUUAGACCUGUCAACGGACCCUGCCUUAUUUGAAGGACCAAAACGAGAUAAGCAGGCAGAAACAUACCGAAAAAUGAAACAGAUUACCAAUGAUUACUGGGAGGGCAGCUUUCCAAAGACAAACGUCGUAUGGCUAAUUUAUCUUGUCGAUAUCGUACUGCAGAAGAGAUACUCCACAUUUACUUCCAAAGACGACAGGGAGCUCCGAGCGUUCAAGAAACGCCUAGCCAAGUAUGAUUCCGCUAAAGAUUGUCUCACUGAUUCUUUCUUCAGUGACCUAUUAUUGUCCGACGAGGAUGCACAGCCCUCUACAGCCUGAACUGCCUCUUCUUUAGUUCGAUCCGAGAGAUGACAUAGCCUUCCUCUCCAUGGGAGGGUUAAUGUUACUUGUUAAUUAAUCAGUUAACACAAGCUCCUCUUCCUGGGACGUACAAGAGCUAAGAUAACUUGUUGCCCGGUAACCUUUUGCAAGCACUGUAACAUAAGUCCAGUGAUCCAUCUAGGAUCCUUGCAUUUCUAUCA